CAUUUCUGACAAGCCUCCUCGUGUGAUUUUGACUGGCUGACUUACGAAAAAAAGUUAAUUUUGGUAAAUAUAACCUAUAAAUAACCUCAAAUUAUGUUGGAAAAAAUAUAAAAAUACUGAGGAAUCAAAUACUGUAAUGUUGUUUGUACCUUGGCGUUUCUGCAUUGAAAUGAACGAUGUCGUCGUGCACAGAAAGUGAAAACAGUUACUCUAUGUGGUCUGAUAUUGAAAAGUCAUCCAAAAAUAAAAGAAAUAAAACUGACAACAUGGACCAGCAAAUAAAAAAAGAAAUGCUUGCUGAAUCAGACCAAGCAUUGACCUUACUUAUGAAUGGAAAUAAAAAAUCAAAGCAGAGAAGCAUUAAAAUGGAAUCUUCUGAUGGCAAUCAGCAGGAGUCCCUGCUAAAAACUAUUAAAAAGGAAUCAUCAACUGAUACAGAAGUUAAAAAACAUAAGAAAAAGAAAACAAAAGAUAAAAAGAAGGAAAAAAAUGAUUUAAAUGUGGACAGCACUGAGUACUCUCAAAAUAAACCUGACAUUAUUAGUCAAAUAAAAACAGAAAUUUUUAGUGACACAGAUUCCAGAAAAAAAAAGAAAAAGAACAAAAAAAAAGAGAGUGAAGAAUUUAACAGUACAUUAGAGACAGAACAGAUUGAUGAAAGCUACCUCAACUUAAGAGUUAAGCAAGAGAAAGAAGAGAACAGAAUGAAACCUAGCCAACAAAAUAGUGAUAGUUCCCAUGUUGAAAUUAACAAGGACAUUGAUAGGAAACGCAAGCGAAAACGAAAAAAAACUGAAAACAAUGAUAACUCAGAAGCAAACAACAACUUAGACGUAAAUGAAUAUGAAAAUAAACAUGAAGAUAUGAGCAUUGAUGAUGAAAUAACUGUUGAAGAAACAAGAGUUCAAUCUCCAAUCAGACAAAGAAAGAACAAGCAGAAAGUUUCUCGGACAAGCAUGAGUGUAGCCCAAAGUGACAAUGAGAGAAAUGUGGAAGAAAAUGAAAUUAAUAUACCACAAGUUUAUGUACCUGCUCAGGUCAAUGGUCAUAGCUCCGGAAACACUGGAGACAGUGUCAGCAAGCAGCAGCGCCAGACCAAUGAGGUGCAGGACACAGAUUCAGACUCUUCUGUUCCGUUAGACAGACCAAGUGUGUCCACAAACACAAAUAUGAGUAAUAGCAGAAGGAAAAGUGUUUCCGAACGAUUAACAUUUGAAGAAGAUGCUGUGAGGAGUAAUGAUUCAAACACGCAACAAAAUAGCAGUACAGAAAGCAAUCUGUCACUUCCCAUGAAACAGUUUUUGUCAAAGAAAACUAGUCUGAAACUUGUACACGCUCACAGCGCCAGCGAAAUAACGUCAGACGACGAGGUGUGGGCGGUGUCGGCGCCGCGCGCGCUGCCGGCGGCGGCGCUGCUGGGCGCCUCGCUGGACGUGGGCGAGCGCGGCCGCCUGCGCGCCGCCGGCCGCUCCUACGAGAGUGCGGGGCGCGCGGGCCGCGUGGUGCUGGCGCGCGGCGGGGCGCUGGCGGCGGCGCCCGGCGGCGGCGUGGCGCUGCGGGGCCGCCCGGGCCGCGCGCCCGCCGCACCGCCCGCGCCCGCGCCCGCGCCGCCCGCCGCCAUCCCGCUGCCGCCCACGCGGCUGCGCCACCCGCUACUCGGUGCCGACUACAAGCGAGCGCUGAAGCUGCCUCGCUCCGUGCGCGCGCGCCUGCUGGCCGCGGCCGACGCGCCCCGGCGGCCGCGCAGGGACCGGCCCGGCUCGCCCGCGCCCGGGGAGCCGCAGGAGCCGUGCGGGGAGGAGCCGCCACGCAAGCGCCGCCGCGAGGACUCGGCCGGGGGCGGGGAGGACGCGAGCGCGCGGCCGCGAGGCAAGCGGCGCCGCGCCUCGUCCGGCGAGCGCGAGGCCGAGCCGCCGCGCGCCAAGCGACGCAAGCACGCGCCCCCCGCCGCCCCCGCCGCCCCCGCCGGCGCCUGGGACAACGAGCAGGCCAUCGAGGACAACUUGUUUAACUUCUAGAGGCUCCCGCACUGUACGAUGCUGAGAUCGCGAUAUUUACCACGUUGUGGUUGUAAAAAUGAAAUAAAAUCUAUAUUUUUUUAAAUAA